AUGGUUGAUUCGAGUUUGAAUCGUAUCCCUUGUAAACUUGAUAAUAAGGUAUCAUUUGACUGUAUCCUCCAGUGUUUUAAAGUAAACGAUGAUAGAACGGCUCAAUGUCUAUCUUGUUUAACCUCAAUUAAAGUUGAGCAAGAAUCCAUUAGAAAUUAUGUUGAAUUACAUCAUAACAACCUUGUAAUCAGAAUCAAUAGAGAAAAAUCUGGAAUUAUCAAACCAAUACUGAUCCGUCUGACUUUAACUUUAACUACUAAUAAUACUCCAAAUGAUAAUCUAAUAGAAUUAAUCAAUAGUAGUUUUAGUGAGGGAAAUGGAUAUACUUAUUGUAAGUAUUGUGCUUAUACCUAG